AUGAUGGCUCCUGGCCAAGUCACAGGCGAUUAUUACGAGAUUCUCGGCGUCUUACAAUCCGCAGGAAAAGAUGCCAUUCGGACAAGCUAUAAACGGCUUGCUCUCUUGCAUCAUCCAGACAAGAACCCAAACAAUCCUAAAGCCACAGCUCAAUUCCAGCUGAUUGAAUCUGCCUAUUCUACCCUGUUUGAUCCCGACCGACGACGGAUCUACGAUGCCCAAUAUGCUUCCAUACGAGCUCAACGAGUAAAUACGGCUGGCGCCAGUAGUCAAAGCAACCCGUCGCAGCGAACAAGUGACCCAAAGUCUGAGAAUUCCCAAAAAUUCAACGAACAAAUGGAGGUUCUGAGCGCGGCGCUGCAGCAUCUCUAUACUAGACGGAAUAGGCUCGAAAGCGAGCUAUUCGAGAUCAAACGCGAGUGUAAUCGCAGCCAAGCAGCACUCGACAAGCUGCAAAGCGAAGCAGAUAAAGACGCUCUGGAACAGGCCAGGCAGAAGAGCUGGUUUGGCUACUUCUUCUCUGCGCCGCAGUCAGAGGGAGACAAGGAGGAGAGGCAGAGACGCAUACUCAACAACAGGGCCGCUCGAACUGUGCGGGAGGCAGAGAUAAGCUCCCGCAAACGUAUCAUGGCGAGCAAGCAACUAAGCAUCGAUGCUCUCAAUGAGCAGAUAAGGCAAAAAAAUGUGGACAAGGAGAUAUUACAGCAGCGAGAGAGGGCGCGUGAGGAAGCUGUUCGGAGGGCAGAAGAGAAGCAGAUGCCAAGGGGGCCGCCCCAACGGAACUGGGACUGGGAUUGA